CGGUCGUCCCACUUUGUGACGUUCAACCAGAGUCUAGAGAUGUAAUUCUCUGCGAAUACAGGACUAGUUGGAGCUAACAACGCAGCUUGACGAGGGUGAACCCAGCUCCACACCUCGUCUACCACGUCUUCUCCUCGCCAUGGCUGCUCACCUACCACGCCUCCCCGUCCUCCUCCUCGUCCUCCUCGCUGCCCAUGUCGUCUCCACCUCCACCCGUGCCGAGCCUCUUCUUCCCAGCACUUACAACGUCUCCAUGUGCUCGGAAUCGUUCUGGUGCGGCGGCGUCGAGAUCCGCUACCCGUUCUAUCUUGCCAACGCAACCGCCGACUACAGCGGGAGCUACUACUCCUGCGGCUACACCGACUUGAGCGUUUCCUGCGAACUCGAGGUCGAGGGGCCGCCGACGACCUGGACCCCUACCAUCCGUCUCGGCGGCGACAACUACACCGUCAAGAACAUCUUGUACGACUAUCAUACCAUCUCACUGGCGGACAGCGAUGUGCUCGGAGGCGGCGAGUGCCCCGUCGUCCGCCACAACGUCAGCUUCGACGAGACGUGGCUGCACAACGCCAGCGCCUUCAACAACCUCACCUUCUUCUUCGGAUGCCACUGGGGGCCACGCGAUACACUGCCUGAAUUUGCCGGCUAUAACAUCAGCUGCGACGGGUUCAGUACUCCAACUAUCAGCGGUGGAGGCUCCUUCGUGUUCAAGACUGAAGAUCUUGACGAACAAGAGGAGCAGGAUUUCGCUUCACACUGCGACGAGGUUUUCUCCGUGCCAGUGGGAAGCGAGGCUCUGCGGGCGACCGACACCUUCAGCCUCUCAAGGUACGGGUACGGCGAGCUGCUUAGGCAGGGGUUCGAGUUGGAAUGGAAUCGGACAUCGGAGGAUCAGUGUGGCCAGUGCGAGGGAUCGAGCUCCGGCGGACGGUGCGCCUACAACCAGAAGAGAGAAUUCCUGGGCUGCUUGUGCAGCGGAGGGAAGGCGGGCAACCCGUUCUGCAAACCCUCAAGAUCAAAAAGGAAUGAAGGACCUAUUGUUGGUGCUGUUGUUGCCGUUGCAUUCCUGUGUCUAGUCAUUCUCACAUGCUUCUUGGCUUGUAGACAUGGUUCGCUGCCCUUCAAAUCGAAGAACAAACCAGGGACAAGGAUUGAGUCCUUCCUACAGAAGAACGAGAGUAGUAUACAUCCGAAAAGAUACACCUACGCGGACGUGAAAAGAAUGACAAAAUCCUUCGCUGUGAAGCUAGGCCAAGGUGGGUUUGGUGCUGUAUACAAAGGCAGCCUCCACGGCCGACAGGUAGCAGUCAAGAUGCUGAAGGACACCCAAGGUGACGGCGAGGAAUUCAUGAACGAGGUGGCUAGCAUCAGCAGGACUUCUCAUGUCAACGUCGUGACACUUCUAGGGUUUUGCUUGCAAGGGUCGAAAAGAGCACUGAUCUACGAGUACAUGCCCAAUGGUUCGCUCGAAAGGUAUGCCUUCACCGGUGACAUGAACAGUGAGAAUUUGCUAAGCUGGGAAAGACUAUUUGACAUAGCGAUUGGCACGGCCAGAGGGCUCGAAUACCUACACCGGGGAUGCAACACUCGGAUCGUGCAUUUUGACAUCAAGCCACACAACAUCCUGUUAGACCAGGAUUUCUGCCCUAAGAUCUCUGACUUUGGACUGGCCAAGCUAUGUCUGAACAAAGAGAGCGCUAUCUCCAUUGUUGGCGCAAGAGGGACGAUAGGGUAUAUCGCCCCGGAGGUCUACUCAAAGCAAUUUGGAACGAUAAGCAGCAAGUCUGAUGUCUAUAGCUAUGGGAUGAUGGUCCUUGAGAUGGUUGGAGCAAGGGACAGGAAUACAAGCGCAGAUAGUGACCAUAGCAGCCAAUAUUUCCCUCAGUGGCUUUAUGAACAUUUGGACGACUAUUGUGUUGGUGCUUCCGAGAUUAAUGGUGAGACCACAGAGCUCGUGAGGAAGAUGAUAGUUGUAGGUCUGUGGUGCAUACAAGUGAUUCCGACUGAUCGGCCAACAAUGACGAGAGUCGUCGAGAUGUUGGAAGGGAGCACAAGUAAUCUAGAGUUGCCACCCAGAGUUCUCUUGAGCUGACAAAGCGUAGAUAUUUUUCCUAUCAAAUGCUGCUUCCAGGUCACACAAAUGCAAAUAUUUGUGGAGACGAGUGCCCAGUAACCUCAUACACUGUAUCUGUAUGACAAAAGUCCCACGACUCACUGGACACGGAAAUGUCGCUUGACUACGCCAAUUUUCUAAAAAGAUUGGCACAAUUAAUGGGGCUUAUAGCGGUAA